AUGGAACACUUAAGGAAGGUUUUCCAAGUCUUGUGGGAGAAUGAGCUAUACAUUAAGAGGGAGAAAUGUGAGUUCGCACAAUCAAAGGUGCACUUCUUGGGCCAUGUCAUUAGUAAUGACGAGUUACGCAUGGACGAGGCUAAAGUACGUGUUAUCCAGGAGUGGGAGGCACCUACAAAGGUAACAGAGUUGAGAUCCUUCCUUGGCCUUGUUAACUACUAUCAUCGGUUCAACAGUGGCUACUUAGCAAAUGUCGCACCAUUGACUGAGUUACUAAAGAAGAACAAGCCAUGGGUUUGGAUGGAACAUUGUCAAAAGGCGUUUGAAGGCCUUAAGGCAGCUAUAAUAGAGGAGCCAGUCUUGGCGUUACCUGAAUUUGCCAAGACAUUUGAGACACAGAAGAAACUCACACUAAAACAGGCUAGGUUGCAGGAUUUCUUGGCCGAGUUUGAUUAUGCGCUGGAGUAUAAUCCGGGCAAAGGUAACGUUAUAGCCGAUGCCUUGAGCCGGAAAGUCGAGCUUGCUGCAAUCACUUCAGCAAGAUGGGACAUUUGGGAGGCUAUAAAAGAAGGCAUGCAGCAUGAUCUAGUAGCCAAACAGCUUAUCGAGUUAGCCAACAAAGGCAAGACGAGACGGUUUUGGAUAGAAGACGGCCUACUACUUACCACAGGUCGGCGAGUCUAUGUGACUAAGUUUGGAGACAUUAGAUGA